AUGAUCGCCACCGGCGGCCUCCUGAGGAUCUCCGCCCGGAAGCAGGACCCCCUCCGGCCCCCGGGCCAGGUCCCCAAGCGCAAGCGGAAAGCCAAGAAGAGGCGCAAGAACGACGUGGUGGUGGUGAAGGGCAAGCUGAAGCUGUGCUCCGUCUCUGGGCUCAUCGCCCUCUGCGGGAUCGUGGUGCUGCUUGUAGGCAUCGCCCUGGCGGUGGUGGGCUACUGGCCCAAGGCCAACGGGGCCCACCGGGAGGGGGCUAAGCAGCCGCCGUCGCCGCCCGGGGGCAGCGGCCACCGCGUCCCUUCCGUGACCAACAGCAGCAGCGGGGGCAGCAGAAACCGGUCUAGGACCCAGCCGGGGCCUCCGGAAGGUGUUACCGCCAGUUCGGUGGGCGCGCCCCGGAGCACGCCCCCAGCGCGGUCCCCCGCCCCUUCUCCGUCGUCCUCCACGUCGGUGGGCUUCUUCUUCCGCGUCUUCUCGGGCUACCUGCACUCCGACAAGCUCAAGGUCUUCGGGCCCCUCAUCAUGGGCAUCGGCAUCUUCCUCUUCAUCUGCGCCAACGCCGUGCUCCACGAGAACAGGGACAAGGAGACCAAGAUCAUCAACCUGCGGGACCUCUACUCCACCGUCAUCGACGUGCACAGCCUUCGCGCCAAAGACCUGGCGGCCGCCGCCUCGUCCUCCGGCCCCGCCUCGGCGCCCCCCGGGGCCGCGCCGCUGAACGGCUUCCUGGGCUACGUGCAGUCGCGGAGCCUGGAGCUGAAGCCCGGGACCCAUGGCGGCGCCGCCGGGGAUGCCUUCGGGGCGGCAGCGAUGCUGGCCCGCGGCGCCUGGCCCCACACCGGCAGGCACGCGGCCCUGCGGCGCCGCAGCACCAGCGGGCUGCCGGACUACCGGGCGGCCCAGUCCCCCGAGCCCCCACCCGCCCCGCGCAGCGCGGACCUGGACUCCAGCCUCCCGGAGCUCGCGGCCUCCCCGGAGCCCCCCGCCCGGCCGGACUCGCCGAGUUCCCAGUCCGAUGACCCGUCCUGCAGCCGUAAGGGCUACACUCCCCUGCGGGAGACCGGCACCUCCCUGGAGUCGAUGGGGGGCCUGGGGGCCGGUGGAAACCCAGACGGGGGGGACGCCCCCGCCCCGCGGCCGGAGCAGAGACCCCCGGAGGAUCCCGGUCAGGAGGCCCCCGAGGCCGAGCUCUCCCAGCCGGUGCAGAGGCAGUUUACAAACAAGGAGAAACUCUACAUGAUUUCCCGGUCUCACGCCUCAGGGGUCGAGGACGGAGAACUGGAGAGUGCUGGCAUUUAGCAAGAGAGAGAAGAUAGGAGAAAUGCCCGCAGGAAUCAGGGGGUUUAUCCGCGGAAAUCGCCCACUACCCAAAGAGCUGCAGAAUGUUAGCCUUGAAUUGCGUUCACGAGAUUUCCUGUAGAUAAUUCCAAGCAAUUUUUUUUUUCAAAGCAAACUAGUCUUAUAGGUCCGAUGGUGAUUGUAUGUUCUCUGAAAACCAAAUGUAUUAAAAGGUCAGCAAUCUAGUUCCUUAGAUAAAAUUCUCUUAAUUUUCUGAGGAUCAAAAUAAUAUAUUUUUGACAGUAACUGCACUUUACUCCAACUUUUCUUUUUUUUUUUGGAUCUCUAAUUCCCCUGACCUGUACUCUGCUGCUGGUUUUGUCCCUAGCUGCUCGUGAAUGACAAGCUUUCUUCCUUCUGUGCUUUUGGGGAGCAUAGAAGGGUUUGUCUCAGUUCUCUGAGAACUGAUUUUACUCAGUGAAGUCAAAGCCAAAAGCAUGAGUUUGUCUGAAGAGAUCACAGUUCCCUGCCCCACCCCUGUCUGUUCAUCCCACCACCCGAAGGCCUCUUUAUUUUUGAAAAGGGUAUUUACAUUUUGCUACUAGGGUAUCUCAUGGAGACUAGGGGCCAGCAUCGAGUGGGACUGUUACAUUCCUCAAUUCACUAUAUCAAGUACACAAUACUUCAUGGAGUAUUAUCACACCUGUACUGAAAAUAGCAUUACCAUGAAAAAAAUCUUUUUUUAAUAAAACAAGUUUCCAAACAAACAGUUAAACAUAA